AUGGACACUCGGACUCAGGCGUCCGAAACUCAGCAUUCUUACCCCCCCAGUCCGUGGACGUCGACGACACCGACAACUCCAAACGGGCUGACGGCGCAUACCCCGGACGGGUCCCAGGACGCUGCCGCCGCGAACCUGCAAUUCACUCCUCCCAUCGACAUCCUCCCGCUGCUCCUCUCUCCUCAGCAGUCCCUAUAUCACGCCCAGCUCCUUCAUUACAACAAGCUCAUCUCCCCGGCUCGUGGGGGCGGCCUGCAGUCGGCGCCACUUCCCCCGGUUGUGUCUUCUCCCCACGUACAGGCUACGUCUAGGUCGCGAUCUUCUAGCAAAGCAUCGCUGAGGGAUAGCACCACCACUCCUAAGGGAAAUACGACUGGAGGCCAUGGGAGCCGCACACACCAGGGCUCAGACAAAAGCCGAACGGUUAUAACGUCGAAAGAGGUGCCGCCCAAGAUGCCUGCGAAGCUAGCGGCCGAUGCGUCCAAGAACUUCCACCACCGAGCGAUAGCUAGAUCCUCGUCGCCCCAUGGGCUCUCCCAUUCCAGUUCUGUGCCAUCAACGCCGCAUCAGCAUGCCCGCCAAUUCUCCUUUGAAUCCCGGGAGCCAUCGCCCAACAACGGCAACAAUCACUCACCGCGCUCAGCCUACUCCGAGACGAACAGCGCAUUGCCCUCGCUGCGGCCGCUGCCGCCGCGAUUAGGAGGCUGCAAAUAUGAGACAGCGCAGGUAAAUUCGAGGAGGAGAAUACCGUACUCGACUGGAAGCGAGCGCUUGGAGAAGCUGGAUUUGAAAACCGUCAAAAGCAAGCUAUCAGAGAGCGAAGAGAAAAAGCUGGCCGCAGAUAUGAAUGAAAUUUACAACAAACUGCUGCCUACAGAUAAAAUUGAAGAGGAUAGGCGGAAGCUGGUUAACAAGCUGGAGAUGAUAUUCAAUGAUGAGUGGCCGGGGCACGACAUCAAAGUGCACCUUUUCGGCUCGUCUGGUAAUCUGUUGUGUUCAGACGACUCUGACGUUGAUAUUUGCAUUACGACGCCAUGGCAUGAGAUGGAAGACGUCUGCAUGAUAGCUGACCUUCUUGCCCGACGGGGCAUGGAGAAGGUUGUUUGCAUCUCUGCAGCCAAGGUUCCCAUUGUCAAGAUAUGGGAUCCUGAGCUCGGCCUUGCGUGUGAUAUGAACGUUAACAACACUCUGGCGCUCGAGAACACCCGAAUGGUGCGGACAUAUGUUGAGACCGACCCGCGCGUACGGCAGUUGGCCAUGAUUUUGAAGCAUUGGACGCGGAGGAGGAUUAUCAACGAUGCUGCUUUUGGAGGUACUCUGAGUUCAUAUACUUGGAUUUGUCUUAUUAUCGCGUUUUUGCAGCUGAGGAACCCUGCGGUUUUACCGGCGCUGCACCAAUUGCCACAUAAGACUACCAAGCCGGAUGGGGCUGUCAGCGACUUUGCUGAUAACCUCAAGAAACUCAAGGGGUUUGGCAACAAAAACAAGUCGAGCGAAGCUGAACUUCUCUUUCAGUUCUUUCGAUUUUAUGCGCAUGAAUUCGAUUACGACAAGCACGUCCUUUCCGUACGGCAGGGCAAGCUGAUCACCAAGCAAGAGAAGAAAUGGCACUAUGCUAUGAAUAACCAGCUUUGCGUAGAAGAGCCGUUCAACACGUCUCGCAACCUCGGCAAUACGGCAGACGAAUACUCGUUUCGUGGCCUUCACAUGGAGCUCCGAAGGGCGUUUGACCUGAUUUCCAACGCCAAGUUGGAAGAGGCCUGCGAGCAGUACGUUUAUCCGAAAGAGGAAGAGAGAGUUUGGUCUCGGCCGGCCACACAGCCUCGGCCGGCGCUGCUGCGGAGUUCGUCGCAAACUCAUCCUUCUGGACGAGGCGGUCGCGGUGGCCAUCGCGGCGGCCGACAUAGCAACAACUAUCACCGCACCGGCGGGUCAAAUAUCAGGAGAGCAUCAUCAACUACGCCUACCUACGACCCGAACAUGUUUGUCCAGCCUGUCAACAUGCAGCAGGAUAUGACAUGGUUUGCGGCUGCCGCUGCGGCUGCCGCUGGUAACCAGUACCCGUUCCCAUUCGCUCAGCAGGACUUGAUGCAGAUGGCCUACCAGGAGAGCAUGCGCCAGCAGCUGCACCAUCUCUAUGCGCAGCAGCAGUCGCCGGCAUUCAUGGCCCACCAAACCAUGGGUCAGCAGAGGAUGUCUCCCAACAACACGGCAUCUGGCCAGCAGCCCCCCACCGAUCGAUCCCGAACAAAUUCGUUUGAUACUGCCCCAAUCGGUGCCACGUUGCGGCCUGAUUUAUAUGCCCUCUACGGCAUGGGCAUAAAUCAGCAGUUCUACGCGCAGGCAACGGGCUAUGGAACCUAUCCCUCUUCGCCGGUAACGUCCAACGGCAUCGGGCCAGAGUUUCGCCGUCCUUUGCAGAGAUCCACGGUUACAUCGGAUAAUGGCAUUUCAGCUUCAUCGAGCUCACUAAGGUCACAGUCUCAGCCUGCCUCGCGAUCGCCGUCUACGGCACACAGCCGGGCUGCCUACACCCCCGGUAUUGGUCCUUCAAGCGUACCAGGCUAUGCUCCAAGACAUAUGCAUGGCGUGACCAUUCCCAACUUCAUGUCCGACGAUGCUGAUCUAGAUGACGGAUCGAAGGCCUCUUCAGAUUCGCCACAGUCCGAAACAGAGAACAGAUCUAAUAAUGGGCUCUUGGGGGCACGGGGUUUGAGUCCAAGCCAGCAUUCGCUACUACCCCAUAGCCAUAGUCCUACGACGAACGGCAUAGCAUUUGGGGACGUUGCAAGCCAGUCAUCCAGCCCAAGAAGGCGUCGGUUGUCGACAGAUCAGCUGCCCCAAACCAUAUUGGACAGGCGGAUGAGGAGGACCUCUCGGUCACCUUCACCCCUCGACCAUUCUCGGACGAUUCCCUCGUCGCCUCUUGCCACAGCCCCCUUCCCUGGAGUUGGCCAGGCUCAGAACAAGAAUGUGGCGACGAGACCUGUAGUCGUCAAUGGAUCGGGCCUCAAGAGCAGUAUGAUUGCCGCGUCAAAUCAGGGACAAAAGGACUCCUUGGCAGCCGAGGAGUGUGCCAUGGCAAAGAUUGAUAACGCUCUGCACAUCAAUACGAUACCGUCAGCGACUGGCGCAGACGUGCAGAGUAGCCAGCCAUCGCUGGCACCAGCCCCUUCCCUGCCAGCGACGGCGGCAGAUCGUCCACCUGUUAUUGUUAACGGCUCUAAUAGCAAGCCAGCUAUGCCUCCUGCCGAGGAUGCUUCGUUUAGAGAUAGAAUUGCCAUGAUGGGUUCAUAUCAGACGGCUCCAUACGGGAUGCCGCAAGAUGUUUUACAGGCCAAUGGCAUGACGAGACUUCCGCCCUCGACAAAACAGCGUCUCAUGUCCAGGCAAGCCCAGAACGGCGUGAUUGCUCCUCUGGAUCUUGCCAUUUCUGAUCACCGCAAAGCUAUGGUAGCCGAGAUAGCCCACCUAUCUCCUGUCUACGAGACCCAGACGUCAUCUCCGACUGCCACACGGAAGCCAGAUGCACCCGCGGUCAGCACCGGCAAGACUGUCCAUGAAAAGGUAGACGCUAAGGCAGACAUCAAAAUCACUCAUGAGGAGACGGCUAAACCCGCGGCCAAGGCUGAAGACAAAGUUCAGCCGGCUCGGGAGAACCAGAAGUCAUCAAAGACGCAAAAGUCAACAGCUCAGAGCAAUCAGCGUAACAAUACCCAGCGUGAGAAUGGUCACGUUCGAAGUGCCAAGAGCGAUGGCGACAGCGGCUGGCAAAAGGCCGGCAAAGGGAAGAAGAAGGGUUCGAGUGGGCUUGCGCAAGCCGCGCAUGCGGAGCAGCCACCAAAAAGCGACUCGGAGCGAAAAGGAGGCUGA